AUGAAGUUAGGACUAGGAGUCGCUGGUAUUGCCCUAGUAGCUGCUACUGCCCAGGCGGACUGUCCAGACUACACUACCUACGCACAGAGCCCUCAAGGGAAUCCCUCCUCUGGUCCUCUUGGAUUGCCUUACAUGCGGCCCGACCCUGCAUGCAGGACUUUCAACAGCACUUCAGUGGAGAAAGUUAUUUUGGACAUGAAAUCACGUCUGAAAGACCCUGACGUCGCACGUCUCUUUGAGAACACCUUCCCAAAUACCCUCGAUACUACUGUGAAAUACUACAAUGAGAGGGAGAACUUGGCAUUUAUCAUUACUGGGGAUAUCACUGCACAGUGGUUACGGGAUACUGGCAAUCAGUUUGCUCAUUACCACACCCUUCUCUCUGUUGACGCCGACCUCGCCAACCUGGUUAAGGCUGUGAUUAAUAACGAAGCCCGCUAUGUUUCACAGUAUCCUUAUUGUGGUGCCUUCCAACCUCCCCCUGAAAGUGGUCUGAGACCCUCCGUCAAUGAUUGGGCUCUUGGCGUCCUCGUUAAUCCCCCUGUGGAUAACCAAACAGUGUUUGAGUGCAAGUAUGAAAUUGACUCGCUGUGUGGCUUCAUCAAGCUUUCCUCCUCUUACUAUGAAGCAACAAAGGAUGCAUCCAUGAUGAAUGCAGAAUGGCUCGCCGCAAUUGACCAGGUCUUCCGUGUCAUUAAUGAGCAGUCUCAAGCUUCCUUUGACGCUGAUUGGAACUUCAUAUCUUACUACAACUGGACAGGUCUUGCAGGCUCCCUUGCUGGUGCAGUAAACAAUGGCGGAAAUGGUGAACCUAAAGGAUAUACGGGUAUGGUCGGAACACACCACAGACCCUCCGAUGACUUGAGCACAUUUGCUUUCCUUACGCCAGCCAAUGCCAUGCUGAGCGUUCAGCUAACCAAUCUGGCUACCAUUUUGGACCACGCUGGUGUGGCCCCUAAUGUUAGCACUCAGGCAAAGCGCUGGAGCAAAACGAUAGAACAAGCUGUCUGGGAACACACAGUUGUUGAUGGCAUCUUUGCAUACGAGACUAAUGGAUUGGGUUCGCGCUAUGUGAUGGACGAUGCAAACGUUCCGUCUCUCUUGUCGCUUCCCUACCUGGGUUUCCUCGACAUGAAUCACCCUGAUUACGUGAAGACCAAGAAGAUGCUCAUGUCCCGUGGAAACCCUUACUAUGCCAAAGGAAGAAGUUUCAGUGGCAUUGGCGGACCUCACAUAGAUGUCUGGAACCCUUGGCCUAUGUCUCAGGUCACCAACAUCUUUGGAACCAAUGAUGAUGAGGAAAUCUUGACCUCGUUGUACACUAUUGUUAAUAACACUGGCGGCCUGGGUUUGAUACACGAGUCGAUCGACAUCUACAACGUACCAGACUAUACUCGCCCUUGGUUCGCGUGGGCUAAUAGUUAUUUUUCUGAGAUGCUUCUGGACCUCGCGCAGAGAAAGCCCCACCUGAUCUUUACGGAUAAUGAGCCGUACACACCUGGACAGUGA